CGCACUUUCGCCUCUCCUUCUCACAUGCUUCCAGUGAAGCCGGGACUGCAUUCUGCAUCCUCCUGCUUUUCCAGAUCUGAGACUUCACACGCUGCCCCUGUGUCCCUUGAGAAGUCUCAGUGAGGUCAAGACAGCCCUAGACAAGUAAACAUGGGCUGCUCAACCCCAAUGUUGCUGAGUUGGGAAAGGCUGAGGAAACCGAAGUUGCCUUCCCCAUCAAUGCUGCUGCUGUUGAUGACAAGAUCAUGGGAGGCUAUACCUGUGCAGAGAACUCUGUCCCCUAUCAAGUGUCCCUGAAUUCUGGGUAUCACUUCUGUGGAGGUUCCCUCAUCAACAGCCAGUGGGUCCUGUCAGCUGCUCACUGCUACAAGUCUUGCAUCCGAGUGCAGCUCGGGAAAAAUAACCUGGCACUCUCAGAAUCGACAGAGCAGUUGAUUAGUUCAGCUAAAGUCAUCUGCCACUCUGGCUACAGCUCCGCAACACUGGACAAUGACAUUAUGCUCAUCAAACUUGCCAAACCAGCCCAGCUCGACCGAGCUGUCCAAACAGUUCCUCUGCCUACCAGCUGUGUGACCACAGGCACUGAAUGCCUAAUCUCUGGCUGGGGCAACACACUCAGCAAUGUCAAUCUGUAUCCAGACACCUUGCAGUGCCUGAAGGCUCCUGUACUCUCCUCAAGCGAGUGCACCAAAGCCUACCCUGGGCAAAUUACCAAGAACAUGAUAUGUGUAGGAUUCAUGGAGGGAGGGAAAGACUCCUGCCAGGGGGAUUCCGGUGGUCCAGUAGUCUGCAAUGGGCAGCUCCAGGGCAUUGUUUCCUGGGGUAUUGGAUGUGCGCAGAAAGGCUAUCCUGGGGUUUACACUAAGGUUUGCAAUUAUGUCUCCUGGAUCGAAGCAACUAUGUCUGCCAACUGAGACACUCUUCUUCUAUGUGACUUGCUUUUUCGCCUCAUCAUUUUCUUCUGUUUUAGGACAGGACAUACAAAAAUUAUAAAAAAAUAAAGACUUUCA